AUGUUUGAUAUCAACGAAGAUAAUCAACCCAGAAAGUAUGGACUAUCUAGCACUUCGCUGCAAGAUAAAGAUAUGUUUUCCCUGAACCUUGAUUGGGAAGAAAGUGAACUGACGGAGUUACUAGAUCUCUUAAAGAAGUUCAGUAAAAUCAUACUCAAUGCGGAAAACACCAACAUAUCGAAUCCUUGCGGCCCUGCUGGUUUAUUAGUCCUAUCCCAGCUCUUAACACUGUUCGAAAGCUCAGAGUUGAGUGCUACGAAGAAACCUCUUGAGAUUCUUAUCUCUUUGCCGGAUAUAACUUGCCCUUCUUCCGUGCUAUCAUUCAACAAUGUUGAUUUGCAGAGCCAGGACCACGAAAGGCAAAGAUCUCCCAACUUAUGA